UAAAUAUGACCUCCAACUUUUCAUUUCCACGAACUCCCAGUUGAUUUAAUUUAAGGGUUCCAACUUUGCUCCGAUUUUGUAGUGAGCGUACGUUGUUGGUCUUCUUGUGUGAAAAUGUCUAGUGAAGUUGAGCUAGAAACUCAGGAAGACUAUAUGCACCCCGGUAAACUCAACGGAGAGAAGUUUUCAGGUCAUAAACUUCGCCGGUACGACUCUCUCGAUGUCGAGUCCGGCAGGAUCUCCGGCCACGAAAUCCAUGGCUCCGAGGUUGUGAAGUGGUCGGUGGUAUUGCAACUGGCGUUCCAGAGUAUCGGAGUUGUGUACGGAGACAUUGGCACGUCGCCGUUGUACGUGUACUCGAGCACUUUUUCCGACGGUGUUAUCAAACACAACGACGACGUAUUAGGUGUUCUCUCUUUGAUCUUGUAUACCAUCACCUUGAUCCCUUUGGUCAAAUACGUCUUCAUCGUUUUACGUGCCAACGACAAUGGAGAUGGAGGAACAUUUGCACUAUAUUCGCUGCUGUGCCGGUAUGCGAGGGUGGGUCUAACUCCAAAUCAACAAGCAGAGGACGCUAACGUCUCCAAUUUCCGGCUUGAAUUGCCCAGCAAACGAGCCCAGAUAGCGUCCAAGGUUAAAUCCACGUUAGAGGAGAGCCAGUUCGCCAAGUAUUUUCUGCUUUUUGCAACCAUGCUUGGUACAUCCAUGGUCAUUGGAGAUGGGGUCCUCACUCCUUGUAUCUCUGUUUUGUCUGCUGUGGGAGGGAUCAAGGAAGCUACAUCAUCAAUGACAGAAGGAAGAAUUGUUUGGAUUUCAGUAGCAAUCUUAGUUUGCCUAUUCAUGGCUCAACGAUUUGGGACUGACAAAGUAGGAUACACUUUUGCACCAAUUAUUUGUGUUUGGUUCAUAAUGAUUGGUGGGAUUGGCAUCUACAAUUUCUUCAAGUUUGAUCCUGCUGUUAUCAAAGCUGUAAAUCCAGCCUACAUCAUACAAUAUUUCCAGAGAAACAAGAAGGAUGCUUGGAUUUCACUUGGUGGUGUUGUCCUUGCCAUUACAGGGACAGAAGCUCUGUUCGCCGAUGUCGGUCACUUCACUGUUCGGUCUAUCCAAAUAAGCAUGUGCUUCAUGACCUAUCCAGCUCUUAUAUUUGCUUAUACUGGACAAGCUUCCUUCCUUCGCAAGCACAAUCACCUUGUCUCAGAUACAUUCUACUCUUCAAUACCUGAUCACCUGUACUGGCCGAUGUUUGUAGUUGCUGUUAUGGCAUCGAUCAUAGCAAGUCAGGCAAUGAUUUCAGGGACUUUCUCUAUAAUCCAACAAUCCCUCUCACUUGGGUGUUUCCCUCGCGUCAAGAUUGUACACACAUCGACAAAGUAUGAAGGACAAGUAUACAUUCCUGAAGUCAAUUACCUUCUUAUGAUCGCUUGCGUUGGAGUCACCGCUGCAUUCAAGACGACAGAAAAGAUUGGACAUGCAUAUGGGAUUGCAGUGGUGUUUGUGAUGACACUGACAUCAGCCUUUUUAGUACUAAUCAUGAUAAUGAUAUGGAAGUCAAGCAUACUCUUCAUCAUCGCUUAUGUACUAAUCAUUGGGAGUGUUGAGCUUCUCUACUUGAGUUCUGUUCUCUACAAAUUUGACCAAGGAGGGUAUUUACCAGUAGCAUUUGCCUUAGUUUUGAUGACUGUAAUGUAUGUUUGGAACAGUGUGUACCGAAGAAAGUACUACUACGAGCUAGACCACAAGAUUUCUCCAGAGAGGCUAAAGGAAAUCGCAGUUAACACAAAUUUCUAUCGAAUCCCUGGGCUUGCAAUGUUCUAUUCAGAGUUGGUUCAGGGGAUUCCACCUAUCUUCAAGCACUAUAUAGACAACGUUCCUGCAUUACAUUCAGUACUUGUGUUUGUUUCCAUUAAAUCACUACCAAUCAGUAAGGUUCCGGUGGAAGAACGAUUUCUUUUUCGAAGAGUGGAACCGAGAGAGUUCAAUGUGUUUCGUUGCGUGGCAAGGUAUGGUUACACGGAUGUGCGGAACGAGCAUGAGCCCUUUGAGGCAAUGUUGGUUGAGAAAUUGAAGCAGUUCAUCAGAGAUGACUGUUGGUUGUCAAGAAUGGCCCUCACUAAUGGGGAUGGUACAGAAAGUGAACACGGGAAUGAUGAAAAUGAGAGUGCGAAACAAGUUGAUCAUGAGAUGCAUUCAGAGGAAGCCAUGGAGAGAGAGAUUGAAACAGUGGAUAAGGCACUGAGGGCUGGUAUUGUUCACUUGAUUGGUGAGCAUGAACUGAUUGCUGCUAAAGGAGCAAAUAUAGGGAAAAGGAUUAUGAUAGACUAUGCUUAUAAUUUCUUGAAGAAGAAUUUGAGGCAGACUGACAAGAUAUUUGAAAUUCCUCACAAGCGAAUGCUCAAAGUAGGUAUGACAUAUGAGCUUUAGAAUAUGAAGAAGGUGAAAAAAAUAGGCCAAAUCAAUAUAGAGUAGUGUAGUAAUUAAGCUUUCUUGCAACCCCCCAUGUAAUUAUCUUCGAGUUGUAGUAUAUCAAUGUCUCUAAAACCUAAACCCUGAGAUUUCGUUUUCUGCAAG